AUGGAGGCUGAGCAUUUAUCUACUGAGCCUAGGAUUGUUUACAUGAUAAAACCUCCUAAUAAUUCCUAUAAGCUUAAUGUUGAUGGUGAGGUCAAGGUUUCUAGUUCGGGUUGUGGUGGCCUUAUUAGGGAUGGUUACGGGAAUAAUAUCAUGGCUUUUGUAGGUCUCGUACAUUAUUGCUCGGUGAAUUUUGCUGAGCUUUCCGCUAUUUUGCAUGGGAUAAAAUUAUGUGUUUCUCUUGGCAUCUCUAAUAUCUCGAUUGAAGUUGAUUCUACUUUCAAUAUUCAUUGUUUAAGUAACGUGGAUGAUAUUAUGUGCAACCAGGAUCUUUUUUAUCUUGUUAGGGACAUUAAACAGUUACUGAUUUUUGUUAAUUACUCCCUUUCUCAUGUGUAUAGGGAGGGGAAUGCUUAUGCUAAUUAG